AUGCAGAGCCGCGUGCUGAUCGCCAUCGAGUUCCUCUUUUUCGGCAAUGCCUGGCAGACCGAGGUGAGCAUUGCCGAGCUCCAGGUGCGGACUCUGGCCUUCGACCGCGUGGAGCGGCCGCCCUUCGCCUACCCGCGGGACACCGUCGAGUUCGUUUUGGGCGUCGACUUCCCGCGCAUCGACACGCCCGGCGGGUUCUACACGUCCUUUCUCACCAGCUCCCCAUUACCCGCGGGGAUUUUCCUGGACUCGGGGAACGGCCGGUUCUUCGGCACUUCCCAGCUGCCCCUCUCUUCCUCUGGGGAUUCUUCUGUGGAUUCUUCUGUGGAUUCUUCUAAGGAUUCUUCUAAGGAUUCUUCUAAGGAUUCUUCUAAGGAUUCUUCUUUGACCUCUUCUUUGGCCUCUUCUUUGGCCUCCUCGGUGGCUUCGGUGCGUCCGUUCCGCGUGGUUGUGCAGGCGGACGCCGACUCCACUCGCUGGACCACAGCGAUCACGCUGGUGCCGUCUGUCUGCGCGGCGCCGUCGUCCCUCGUGACCGUCUCGCUAGAGCACAUCGAGAACGUGCAGGCCUUUCUCUCCUUCUCGCUCUGGUCCGCGGACGCCCAGCUCCUUUCCGAGACGCUCGUCUCCUCCACCACCGCCAGUCCCUCCUUCUCCCGCGCCUUCUGCCUCCCCCGCGGGGACUACCUCCUCCAAUUCGCCGACGCCAGCAACGCCGGCUUCCUCUCCACCACCUUCACGCUCGCUACCGACGGCGUGUCCCUGGCGCACGGCUUCUUCAACCCAGGCUUCUCCUCUCCGCGCAUUCCUUUCCACGCUGGGCUUCUCCUCCCCCGCGGAUCGCUCUGGCACUUCUCCUUCGACGCCUCCGCCGAGCCUCCGCCCGCCUGGUUCCGCGUCCUCGACCCUCUCCACGAGCCCUGGCCCGCCGCUCGCCCCGGCGCCUUCCCCGCCUCCCCGACCGCGCGCACGCAGUACUACAAGACCCUCCUCGACGUGGGAUCCCACGCUCUCGACCUCCUGCCCUACGUCGCCAUCGAGGUCCAGAUCGUCGUCCGCGGGGGAUUCGCGCUCUAUCUCGCCGGUCGGGAGCUCCUGCGCCACCGCCUCCCCGCGGGGAACCUCUCCAAAGACACGCUCCCGCUGCGGGAGUUCGCGCAGCCGGAGACGGUUUCCGCGGUUCUCCCGCUGCAGUUCGUGGGGCUCUCGACCGACCCCGCGGUUCUGGCGGUGGAGGUGCAUGAGUCGGUUCCCCGCGGUUCUGUGUUCGAUCUGUGGGCGACGCUGCUGCGGGACGAGUCGUUCAGACCGCUGGGAGGCGUGGUGCGAGCGAGCGCGGCGGCGAUGGCGGGACACGAUGCGGCGCUGGCGGUAGACGGAGAGUACUACGAUUAUGCGGGGUUUGAAGAAGCGGCGGUGACGGUCGAGAUCGAUUGGGAGGAAAAGCGGUACGAGUACGUGUCGAGGGUGUGCGUGUUUGCGAGCAAUCACGCGGGAGCGGACCCUCACUGGAUGACCGUGCUGGGAGGAAAUCGUGGAAACGGGGAAACGGUGGAGUGGAGGGAGCUGCUGAUGACGAAGGAGGUGGCGUUCGAGAAGGUGGCGUUCGGACAGCGGCAGUGCUUCGAUUUCUAUAACGAUGGCGUGUUCUCGAUGCUGCGGAUCCGGCUGGAGCAGACGGACUUCAAGCAGAGCGUGGAGGUGGCCGAGCUGGAAGCCCAGGCCGUGCGGCUGGACGGGUUUUGCGAGGAUCCUGAGGAGAGAAGUGUGGAAAUGGUGGAAAUGGUGGAAAUGGUGGAAAUGGUGGAAGAAAAAGGGGAAAGCGAGGGGAAGGAGGAUGGAAAGCGGGCGAUGAAUCGACCGUCCCAACCAUCCAUGAAGCCAGCAGCAGCAGCAGCAGCAGCCAAUUCGAUGAGGUCCAGAGAGCCUUCAACGACUCCACAAUCCAAAUCAUCCAUCAAAUCAUCCAUCAAAUCAUCAUCCUUCAAUUCGAUGGAUUCUCAAUCCCAAUCCCAAUCCUCUUCUCGCACGCCCAGCGGGCACUGGAAGGACUUCGGCUGUCCCUCGCUCUACGAGGGCCGUCUGCUCCGCUUCUGCGACGCGGGCGCCUGGACCGAGUCCCUCGACCUCUGCAUGCCCAAAGCGCCCGCCAGCUUCCGCUACGCUGCCUCGCUCUUCUACAUCCCGCGCCAUCGCCAUGUCUCGCUCGCGCCCUCCGUGCUCGGCGUCGAGCUCCUCUUCACCGCCAGCGACAUUCCCGCGGGACUCGUCUUCCAUAACGAGAGCGGCGUGUUCGAAGGCGAGUAUCGAGAGAGUCGAAGCGUCGUGGAGGUGGAAGUGGAGGUCCGGAACGCAGGGGGAGCGCAGAAGCUGACACUGACGUUCUGUUUAGUGAAUAAUCGAGAGGAGUGGAUGCUGGGACUCGCGUUGCUGAGUGUGGUGUGUCUCGUGGUGCUCAUCAUGUGGCUGUGUGUGGUGAUGCGGAGAAGUGAGGAAGUGGUGGAACGAGAAGCGGAAAUGUCGCAUUUGAACACGAAUCGCGUGCCGAAACGAAUGUUGCCUUUGCUAGUUUGUUGUGUUUGUGAGAGACUCGAACAAACAGGGAAAAAUACAUGGUCUUCGGUCUCUUUCUGGCUCUUCUGCUCGUAG